UUAAUUUAACAAUAAUAAACAAAACUAAUUUUGGAAGCGGCAAAACGUUCGUUUGUAGUAAAAUAAUUCUCGCUACUGCCACUAGAUGGCAUGUGGUGUUUGUAGGUUUCACUCUUUGAGUAUUACUCAAAGGUUUUUACUGUGUUAUUACACAACUAGCAGUUCUACUCAGGAAGGUCAAACGCAGAUGCGGAGAAAUUGAACCACGUUUUUAGCUUUGAGUAUAUAUGUAGAUAAAGGUUUUCUAUAUACUCAAAGGUUUUUAGCAUUUUAGUUGGAGACAUAAAUCCACGUGGCGUUAGUGGCAUCACACACACGUAUCUUACUUAUCGUGUUAUGGCGCCUAAAAAGUGCAGAGUGAGAGGGUGUACAUCGGAAGGAAAGCAACUUCGGCAAUUUCCCGAUAUGAUAAAAGAUAAGGAACGCUGCCUUAAAUGGAUAGAAGCGUGCGAUAAUCCCUGUCUUCUGGAGAUGAAUUCGCUAAAAAAUGUGAAAAUCUGCGAUAUCCAUUUCGAGGACUUUUAUAAAUUAAAUAUCAGACUAAGUACAUCAGCAGUGCCGACCCUCCAUUUGCCAAAACCUGCAGCUGUUGAUGCUUCGAUUCCUGCAGCAAUUCCUGCAGCAAUUCCUGAAGGAAUCAAAGCAACAGAUACAAUGGAAAUUGUGACCUCGCAGACACAUUCUGAUGGGCACAGUAGUAGAACUAAACCGACAGACCAGCAGACAGAUAGGCACCAACACUGA